GCCUCCAGUGCAGGGCCCUGAGAUGGGCUCCUCCUGCGUCGGGUGGCCCUGGUGCCAUGGCCGUGUCCUCCCCAGAGACAGAGGAGGGGACGCAGACCCAGAGGAGGAGCCCCGUGGAGUCCUUUAGUUAACCACCCCUCAGCCCCUUCACUGCAAAGUGACACGGCUCUGAUCUGGAAGUUGUGGCUCCUUCCCUCUCCGCGGGGGGGAAAGCAGAUUCCAGACGCCCACCUGUCCCCAACCGGAGCUUGGGAGACCGCCCCGGACAUGGCCCUGCCUGGGACUGCAAGGCGACGUAGCUGGGCAGAAGCAAGCUGUCCCGGACCAGUGUGACUCUGGGAAGUUACUCAACCCCGGCGGCGAGUGCUGAGCAGUAAUGAUCAAUGCCACAAAGAGGAACGCGGCGCGGGGACCCAAGGGGACAAUGACACUCUGCAAGAAGGGAGCGACGUGCCUCGGGACAGCGCACCGCUGACCCCCAGGCGGACCUGACCGGGGCCUCCGGGAGGCGCCGCCCGCAGCCUACAGGACGCCCCAGAGGAACCAGCACGUUCGGUUUCUCUUUGUGGAGACUUUUUCCAGUAAACGAAAAUCAAAGACAGCGACAGACUUGGGGCUGGGGACACCCGAGUGGGAGCCGAGGAGGAGCCGGGCUGUGCUGUCACCGGCUGGAGCUGCGAGCACCAUGGGGACCCUGUGGCUCCUGAUGUUCCUGACCCCCGCCUCCUGCCUGCUGGACACCACCCAGGCUGGGGACAUCGCAGGUCCAGAGCCGCCCAUCAGGAACCUGAGGAUGGACGCGGCCCGGAGCCACCUCACCUGGGACGUCAGCGCACCUUCUUCCACUAUUUACUGCGUCACCGACUCCGACCACAUCCAAGAGGCCCAGGACGGCACCUACUGCAGGUACGAGACGCUGUCCUUGUGCACGGUCACCAACUACACCGUCACCGUGGACCAGCCGCCCUUCGCCACCUGGAUCCUCUUCCCUGAGCCAGACGAGAACCCCGGGACGGCCCCGGCGAACCUGGACUGCUGGGUUCACGACGUGGACUUCAUGAGCUGCGAGUGGGCAGUGGGCAGGACGGCCCCCGGCGACGUCCAGUACCGCCUCUACUGGAAGGACGCCCGCGAGUACCGAGAGUGUGGGCACUACCAGACCGACAGCCGGGGCAGGCACGUGGGGUGUCGCUUCAGUGGCAUCUCCAAGUACCCCCGGAGCUUUGUGGUCAUGGUGAAUGGGACCAGCGCGCUGUCCGCCAUCUCCUGCAGGGACUGCUUUGCAGAUUUAUAUGAGAUUGAGAGACUCAGUCCACCCAACAUCACUGCCAAGUGCAACAAGACGUCCUCGCUCAUGGAGUGGAGGAUGUUCAGCCACUUCAAUAAGAACUUCAAGUAUCAACUCCAAGUAAACAAGAGCUCAGGAGGCAGCUUCAAUGAGACGAUUCCCACGAACCACUUCCUGCUGCCCAACCCCGGCAACUACAAGGUGAGGAUCAGGGUCAAGGACAACAGGAACUUCUACAGCAGCUGGAGCCCGUGGGGCGCCCCCCAGAGCUUCCAGUGCGACCCUGAUGAGGACCGGCCCUCGCGCAUCUUGCAGACGUCUCUGCUGGCCGCGGCGGGGACGCUGGCCAUCGCGCUGUUGGGGCUCUUCCUCUGCAAACGGCUGUCCUUGAUGCAGAGGCUGUUUCCUCCCGUCCCCCGCGUGAAAGCGACCGUCUGUGACCACGUGCCCAAUGGCGAGAUGCUGGCCCUGGAGACCGCGGGAGACGACUGUCCAGUGGCCCAGGUGCAGGACCUGGAGGAGCCCUGACGGCCCAGCGCAGGACCUGGCGGUGCCAUAUUGCAGGGCGGCCACAGGCCAGCCCGCAGGACCAGUGGACAGUGCCAAGGGAGGGACAGGAGAUGGACAUGCGGAGCCCACGCUGCCUGAGAAUAAAACCCGAGCAUCGGGUCCACCUCCA